ACUUUUUCUCUGCCCCGAACAAUCAGGGACUUGUGCUUGGCGGCCGAAGGAGCCACGGAGCUGGCUGGCCGCGGAGGAGGCGACGUCAUGGAUUCCUGAGUGUGAAGUUUUCAGGAAAGCCCUUAGUUUUGGAGAUGGACUGGAUCCAGGGGUUUCCAUGGCGCUGAGUAAACAGGAGGAAACAGUGAGGGAAUCCCGUUAUUUUACUGCAUUGAAAGCCUAUAAACACGCAGCGCGGGGAAGGAAGUCGCGUUGCCGCUGGAGUAAGCGACCGCGGAGCGCCAGAAGCCCGGGAGCCUGAGCCGGAGCCCGGAGCACGGCAGCGGGAGCACGGGGAGCCGGAGCUCCAGAGCGGAGCCUGGGCGCUGCAGCCUCUGCGCCGCUCCGCCGGAUCGAAGCACCGGGUUCCCAGCCGGCUGAGCCCGGUGCCUCCAGAUGCAGCGCCCCGCAUUGCGCAGGCCAGGCCCCCGCCAGCCCCUCCGCACCAUGGGGUCUGCGGACCGAGAAGAACCGAACGCACAUAAUGCCAUCAGCUCACCCUCCGGACUCGCAUACCCGGAUGAUGUCCCGGACUAUGGCCUCAAGCCAGUCAACCCCCUCGCCAGUCUCUCUGGCGAGCCCCCCAUCCGGUUCGGAGAGCCGGAUAGGCUAGGGUUCCAGAACUUUCUGAGCCCGGCCAAGCCAGCAGGGGCUUCGGGCCCGAGCCCUCGGAUCGAGAUCACUCCAUCCCACGAACUGAUGCAGGCAGGGGGGGCCCUCCGUGGGAGAGAUGCCAGCCUGCCCCCCGAGCAGCCGGCCCUGGCCCUGGCCGGCCUGGCCGCCAGCCCGCGGUUCACGCUGCCCGUGCCCGGCUUCGAGGGUUACCGCGAGCCGCUUUGCUUGAGCCCCGCUAGCAGCGGCUCCUCCGCCAGCUUCAUUUCUGACACCUUCUCCCCCUACACCUCGCCCUGCGUCUCGCCCAAUAACGCCGGGCCCGACGACCUGUGCCCCCAGUUUCAAAACAUCCCUGCUCAUUAUUCCCCCAGAACCUCUCCAAUAAUGUCACCUCGAACCAGCCUCGCCGAGGACAGCUGCCUGGGCCGACACUCGCCCGUGCCCCGUCCGGCGUCCCGCUCCUCCUCACCCGGUGCCAAGCGGAGGCAUUCGUGCGCAGAGGCCUUGGUGGCGCCCCUGCCCGCAGCCUCCCCGCAGCGCUCCCGGAGCCCCUCGCCACAGCCCUCGCCUCACGUGGCACCCCAGGACGCUGGGUACCCUCCCACGGCUGGCUCUGCUGUUCUCAUGGAUGCCCUCAACAGCCUGGCCACGGACUCGCCCUGCGGGAUCCCCUCCAAGAUAUGGAAGACCAGUCCUGACCCGACCCCCGUGUCCACCGCCCCGUCCAAGGCGGGCCUGGCCCGCCACAUCUACCCUGCCGUGGAGUUCCUGGGGCCUUGUGAGCAGGAGGAAGGGAGGAAUUCCGCUCCCGAGUCCAUCCUGCUGGUACCACCCACCUGGCCCAAGCAGCUGGUGCCGGCCAUUCCCAUCUGCAGCAUCCCUGUGACUGCAUCCCUCCCUCCACUAGAGUGGCCACUGUCCAAUCAGUCAGGUUCUUAUGAGCUGCGGAUUGAGGUCCAGCCCAAGCCCCAUCACCGGGCCCAUUAUGAGACGGAGGGCAGCCGUGGUGCCGUCAAGGCCCCAACAGGAGGUCACCCUGUGGUGCAGCUCCAUGGCUACAUGGAGAACAAGCCCCUGGGCCUUCAGAUCUUCAUUGGGACGGCUGACGAGAGGAUCCUUAAGCCGCACGCCUUCUACCAAGUACACAGGAUCACCGGCAAAACCGUCACCACCACCAGCUAUGAGAAGAUUGUGGGCACCACCAAGGUCCUGGAAAUCCCACUGGAGCCGAAGAACAACAUGAGAGCCACCAUUGACUGUGCAGGCAUCCUGAAGCUUCGAAAUGCUGACAUCGAGCUGCGGAAGGGCGAGACAGACAUCGGCAGAAAGAACACACGAGUUCGCCUGGUGUUCCGCGUGCAUGUCCCGGAGCCCAGUGGCCGCAUCAUCUCCCUGCAGGCAGCGUCCAACCCCAUUGAGUGCUCUCAGCGCUCUGCCCACGAGCUGCCCAUGGUGGAGAGACAAGACGUGGACAGCUGCCUGGUCUAUGGGGGCCAGCAGAUGAUCCUCACAGGCCAGAACUUCACAGCGGAGUCCAAGGUUGUGUUCAUGGAGAAGACCACAGAUGGGCAGCAGGUUUGGGAGAUGGAGGCCACGGUGGAUAAAGACAAGAGCCAGCCUAACAUGCUUUUCGUUGAGAUCCCCGAGUAUCGGAACAAGCACAUCCGCGUACCCGUGAAAGUGAACUUCUACGUCAUCAAUGGAAAGAGAAAACGAAGUCAGCCACAACACUUUACCUACCACCCAGUCCCUGCCAUCAAGACGGAGCCCAGUGAUGAGUAUGACCCUUCUCUGAUCUGCAGCCCUGCCCAUGGAGGCCUGGGGAGCCAGCCAUAUUACCCACAGCACCCAAUGCUGGCCGAGUCCCCUUCUUGUCUUGUGGCUACCAUGGCCCCCUGCCAACAGUUCCGCUCGGGGCUCUCAUCCCCCGAUGCCCGCUACCAGCAGCAGAGCCCUGCAGCGGCUCUUUACCAGAGGAGUAAGAGCUUGAGUCCAGGCCUGCUGGGCUACCAGCAGCCGGCUCUCCUGGCAGCACCCUUGGGCUUGGCCGAAGCCCACCGCUCUGUGCUGGUGCAUGCUGGCUCUCAGGGCCAGGGGCAAGGAUCCACCCUGCCACACACAUCCUCCGCUAGCCAGCAGGCCUCACCUGUGAUCCACUACUCACCCACAAACCAGCAGCUCCGUGGCGGGGGGCACCAGGAGUUCCAGCAUAUCAUGUACUGUGAAAACUUGGGCCCCAGCUCUGCCAGGCCCGUUCCACCAUCCAUCAACCAAGGUCAGAGGCUGAGCCCCGGCUCUUACCCCACGGUCAUCCAACAACAGACUGCCUUGAGCCAAAGAGCUACCAAAAAUGGACCCCCAGUCAGUGACCAGAAGGAUACUAUGCCCACCGGAGUGGCAAUCAAACAGGAACAGAACCUGGACCAGACCUACCUGGAUGACGUUAAUGAAAUCAUCAGGAAGGAGUUUUCAAGGCCUCCCCCACGAAAUCAGACCUAGAAACAGCCAUUAUCACAAGAAACCUUCCACCUUGGACCCUCUGUCUCUCCCGCCUUCUCUGACUGGAACGCUGUAUGUGGGUGCAGUGCAGGCUGCUGGUGCCAGAGCCUGCUGCCUCUCUAAGCUCAUCUCAGCUGAUGUCCACGGUGACUGGAUUUUCACCAGGAAGAGCAACUGCCUGCUGACCAAAGCCCAUUCUCAACUCACCAGGAAGCUGAGCUUGCCUGAGACCUGGAGGCUGGACUGGGGGAAAGAACUGGGAACUUCGGCCCCAGCCCACAGAUAUGGCUCCUCUCUCUCCUGAAGGAUGUUUAGACAGAGCAACCAAAAGGACAUGCCCAAGAGUCCAACUUUUGGGCUUGAGAACCCCAGAUCUCUAUAGGAGCCAAAACCAGACCAUCAUCUCUGCCCCAGCCGGGGCACAGUAGAGCUUUAUUUUGAAUUUUCUUUCCAGAAACAAACUGCCUUGCCCUGACAGGGCCACCUGUUCCAACUUCUCAGCGUUAAGUUAUAACACAUGUACAUGUUUGCCAGCUUCUGGGGCUUCGCUUUAUUUUUCUCUGCUUCAAAGAGCCAACUAAGGUGUCUGCAGGCUGGGCCCUCUCAGCCAGCUACUCCCUAACCCUGCUACCUGCACCAGACCUCUAGUGGGAUACAGCCCACGCUGCCUGUUGAGAACAAUGCUUCCAAAGGCUCCUCUGCACCCUCCUCCCAGACAGAGCCUCCUCCACCAGGAGCUGGGAGAACCUUCUGGGUCUUUGCCACCUAACCCAAUCAAAACCUGCAGGUGUUUGUCGCGACUGCCACUGAACAGAACAAAGGGGUUGAACUAUCCCCCUACCCUAAACUCAAAGCAGGAAAGUGCUGGCAUCACCCCAUUGUUCUGAUUUUUACCUGGAUGCAUUUAAAGUCGCUGUCGAAUCCAAAGUGUUGCACAUGUAACUUGGGCAGAUCUGCCCCAGCAUGUGCCUUAGUGUGAUCCAGCCCUGCUUGGCUGGGUUGGGUGUCCUGUGGAUUCUCCACACUCCUCUCACUGGGGUCCUCCACAGGCUUCCUCCCCUAGGCAGUGUGCUUUUCCUUCCAGCAGAGCUCUCCUAGCCACGAACAUAGUUUUCGCUGCUUGCCUUCACCACAGGUGCCCUGUACACGCUGGGCAGGCAUGUUAAGUGACUUUCUCAGCUCUGUCUGCUAGGCAGAGGGCCCAAGUAGCAAGCCGCAGUGGCUAAAUAUCCAUCGUGUGUUUCUUACAUCGGACUUUGUCAAGGCCAUCCCAAGGUAAAUCUUCUUGGGAGCUGGGCCAGCUAUGGCUAGCUCUUCAGAUGGAGCCCCCAUGCCCAGGGUUCAGCUUGAGCAUGAGAAGUAUGACCUCUUGGCUAAUAUCUAGCAUUUCUUUCCCCUAGCAGCAGCACCAGGUUUCCCUCCAUCCACCCCAAGCAUAGAGCUGAGCAGAAUUCUCUUUUGAACCCAGAAUGUUUAGCACUGAGCCUCUGAUUCUAAGUACUUCCUAUUAAGCAAAGCAAGCUUCCCUGCUGGCCCUUUACUAGGGUAAUACCGACUUCUCUGGGGAAGGGUGACAAGGGUUGGUGAGAGAUCAGUUCUCACUUGCCCUGGCUGGGAGCCACUUUUUGCACAUGAGGAAUCAGGCCCUUCCUCAGAUUAUCUCAAUGUUUUACCCAAGUGCCUUCCUGCAAUUGUAGUGAGUAGUUCAGUUGCAUUGUCUACAGGGUGAAAAGGGGCUAACUCAUUUCCCAUUAAUCUUCUAACCAUGUCAGCAAAAGGGUUUCCUGUAGUUCAGACCUUCGUGUGUGUGUAUGUGUGUGUGUGUGUGUGUGUGUGUGUGUGUGAGUGUGUGUCUCGCGCGCGCAUGCACACGCUUGCAAGCGUGUUCGCAAAUACUAGCACAUGCCCUUCCCUUUAGACCACCUUAUCUGGAUAGUCUAAGGAAUCGUCUGAUAAACAAAUAGACCAGAAGGCCAAGGAGAGAAUGGCAUUUUUUUCCAGACAGGCCAGAGAAAGUGUAUGAGCAGCAGAGAGCUAUCAAGGAGGUUUGGUCAGUCACAGAUGCUAGGAGGAAACGUCGCCUGGAGCAAUUGCUUCUAAACCGUUUUUUUAAGAAUGGGAAGAUGCAGUCUGAUCUAAGUCAGUGAGAAAAAGAUGCCCGAUUAGUGAAGGUGGUUGUGUUGCAUGUGGGUCAGGAUCGGAGCAGAAAGGUGACUUCGUUAAAUCCAUGGUGAUGUUGGUGUGGCACUCUGACAGUUCCGUCUUGCUGAAUGUGGUACUUAACUCUUCAAAGUCCGCACAUCUUCCUGAUUGUACAAAGACAGCUGCUGGGAGUAUAUAUAUCCACCCAGAUCAGUAUGGUAUUAAAUUUUAUUUUCUUACCUGGAUUUUGAUGCUUUUUAUCUGCCCUCAAAAUAUCUCAUUCCUGUUGGAGUUAGAACAUAUUUAUAAAUGGUCAGAUGUCUUUUUAAGGUUUUUUUUUUAACAUAUAUAUCUUGAUUUUCUGUAAGAGAAAUGGUGUAUUUUUGAAUUUUUUUCAUUCCAGAAAAACAUAUCCAAAGACACACCUUGGGUCACUGUCAGGACCUCAGGACAGGAGGGAGGGGGACUGGGAGGAAAGAGCAUCUUUUUCUUGCUUGAGAAAGAUACACACUCCUCCAGCCUCAAGCCUGGGUUUUCCCUGAGAAUUGCACAUGAAGGGUUUAGUUGGUAGUUUUGAUUUAAAGCCACAGAACCCUGUCUUUUCAUGGGCUGACAAGAUCCUACAGGCUGAUUGUGACAGAAGCAACCACAUGGAGUCCUCACAGGUGGCCCUGUGGACAGCAUCCAAAGGACAGCACCUUGUAUCCAGCACAUGGAGCCAUGGGCAGAGGAGCUGGUUCCUCCCAAGACCUGGGAUAGCUGGUUCACAUCCAGGGGUCUGGUCAUCCGUCAUCCGUCACCACCCUGAGCACUGUCAUACAGAGAGGUCGGGAGCAAUGUGUUUUGAUUGUCACUCAUAACCAAAAGGAGGCCGGGUUGGUCUGUUUUUGCACCACAGUGCUCAGCAUUGACAGACUGUGGGUGGUCAAGCUUGGAUGAGCAUUCCUGAACUCUUUGCUGGAAGGACACCCCUGAGGAACCUGACACAUCCCCACCACUGGCAUCUCCCAACCUUGGGCAUCAAGCUUCAUGGACCCAAACCAGCCAGCCGCAGAGCGAAAGAGUCUCCUGCAAUCCAGCCAGCUGCUAAAAUGAGGCAACGUCACCUUCACCUAUGACCAAUUUACCCGUGCCUUGACAUACAGCCACCAUCCUUGUCUUAAGUCUGUUUACAGCUAACUCUAGUGAUGGGCAAGAGCAGAGCUUCCCUGAGCAGGCCCCUCUGAGAUCACAGACGGGUCCUAGGAGUCAAAGGGUUAAUGCUGUCUCUAUGCAGCCCCUGAGACAGAUGGGAAUAAAUGUCCCUGCCCUUUCAGCCUUUAGAUGGGCUGGGUGCAGAUGGUGCUGUUGCCGUGUGACUAGGAGCCCCAGUGUUCUGGUUGGCCAGAGCAUUCUGUGGGAGCAUCCCAGACAUCAGAGGACCCUUGUUCCCCAUCACCUCUCAGCCCUUACCGGGAGUCUCACAUCCUCCAGCUCCUAGAGGUUGCCCCAGUGAUGCCUGAAGACCAGGGUUUGGGAAAAUCCCGGCUAUCUGGAGUCGGAAUAUAACGCAUUCCUAUGCAAAAUGAUUUUAACCUUCAGUUUCAUGUAGUUUAUUUUUGCUAUAUGUAAAGUAUUUUUAUACGGCUUGUAUGAUGACAGCUUAGCAAUAAAACAGUU